AUGCUCUGUAAUAUUAUCUAUCCUCUCAUCUACAGCAGAUGUUUGCAGACACUCUCCAUUGCACUUUCUUUCUUUCAAAACUACACACUUGACCUACGCCAUUAUUUGUCGUCCUCUCUCUCUCCAAAUCUCUAUUUCUUAAUCUGUCUGUUGCUCUCUCUGUCUGUUUCCCUCUCUAUCUGUCUAUCUAUCUCUGCCUGUUUCCCUCUCUAUCUGUCUAUCUAUCUCUGCCUGUUUCCCUCUCUAUCUGUCUAUCUAUCUCUGCCUGUUUCCCUCUCUAUCUGUCUAUCUAUCUCUGCCUGUUUCCCUCUCUAUCUGUCUAUCUAUCUCUGCCUGUUUCCCUCUCUAUCUGUCUAUCUAUCUCUGCCUGUUUCCCUCUCUAUCUGUCUAUCUAUCUCUGCCUGUUUCCCUCUCUAUCUGUCUAUCUAUCUCUGCCUGUUUCCCUCUCUAUCUGUCUAUCUAUCUCUGCCUGUUUCCCUCUCUAUCUGUCUAUCUAUCUCUGCCUGUUUCCCUCUCUAUCUGUCUAUCUAUCUCUGCCUGUUUCCCUCUCUAUCUGUCUAUCUAUCUCUGCCUGUUUCCCUCUCUAUCUGUCUAUCUAUCUCUGCCUGUUUCCCUCUCUAUCUGUCUAUCUAUCUCUGCCUGUUUCCCUCUCUAUCUGUCCUUCUCUCUGUCUGUUGCUCUGUCCUUCUCUCUGUCUGUUGCUCUGUCCUUCUCUCUGUCUGUUGCUCUGUCCUUCUCUCUGUCUGUUGCUCUGUCCUUCUCUCUGUCUGUUGCUCUGUCCUUCUCUCUGUCUGUUGCUCUGUCCUUCUCUCUGUCUGUUGCUCUCUCUAUCUAGUGAUUUACGAAGCGUAG